UUAAGGAAGUUAUUAUUUGAAGAUAUUCGCACAACAUUCAGCUAUUGUCAUUUUGUUUUGUUGUAAACAAAGAAGAUGUCAAGGUAGCGUCAACCUUUAAAUAAGACGAACUAUUUUACAUCUAAACUGAUUGAUGGAAGCACCAGUACACUGUCCACUUUGAAAAUCGCAUUGUGAAAUAAUGAGUCAUCCAAUUGUAGUAAAAAAAAAAUCAGAAUCUAAAUUUUUUUUCGCAGUUAUGAAAACAUCGAGAAUUCCACGAAAGUUUUCUGUUGCAUUUUAUGGCGAUAAAAAAGUUGGAAAAACAAGUAUUCUUCAACGAACAACAACUGGUUGCUACAAUAAAAAAUACAAACCAACGAUUUCAGAUAUCUUUGAGAUAGAAGUUCAAAAGCAAGACUGUUCGAAAACUCAUCUGACUGUUUAUGAUACUUCUGGAUUGCAUCCGUUCCCUGCGAUGAUGCGUGUUACUCUUUCUCAUUGUGACGCAUGUGUCAUUGUAUUCUCGUUGACAUCCGAAAAAACACUUUUGUUUGCAGAAAAUAAACUUUUAGAAAUUCAAAAAAUAAAAGGAAAAACUUUUCCAUGUAUACUGGUCGGAAAUCAAUCAGACAGCAGUAAACGCGAAGUAAUUUUUGAAAAGGCUUUAAGAUUAGCCGUAAAAUACAGCUGCUCGUACCUGGAAGUAUCAGCUGAACUAAAUAAAAAUAUUAGUGAACUAUUUUCCAGUAUUUUAAAAAAGAUAAAUAAUUAUGAAAGACAUUUUAAGAACUCAAACGCGUUUCAGAAACAUCGUUAUAAAAUGAUGUCAGAUUUGACAUUGUUGUAGCUUGAUGCCGAAUUCGACGUUGUUUUGUCUGUGCAAAAUUAUGUUGUAAAAGGUCAAUUAUAA